GAAGUCGGCCAGUCACCGUUCACUGUUUCCGAGGUCACAAGUUGUUGAACUGCAGCCGGUGAAAAUGCCUCUAGAACUCUAUUUGGAUCUUUUCUCGCAGCCAUGUCGGUCGGUGUAUAUAUUUGCCAAGAAAAACAAUAUACCGUUUGAUUUCAAGCAGACUUCGCUUAUGCUGGGAGAUCAGCAUGGAGAGGAAUUUGGAAAGAUCAAUAUGAUGAGGAAAGUACCUGCAAUGCGAGAUGGAGAAUUUUGUUUGUCUGAAAGCAUUGCCAUGAUGAUGUAUAUGGUUGAGAAAUUCAAAACUCCAGACCACUGGUAUCCGGCUGAUUUGCAAAAACGGGCGCGGGUGAACGAGUACUUGGCUUGGCAGCACGGGGGAAUACGGAUGCAUGGCUCCAAAAUGUUCUGGAUUACGGUUAUGGUCCCAAAGAUCAUGGGGAAGGAGAUUCCUCAGGACAAGAGGGAUGACGCCGUAGAGGACCUCAAUGGCUCCCUUAAGAUGAUCGAGGAGAAGUUCCUGCAGGACAAGCCGUUCAUUGCUGGAGACCAGAUCUCCCUGGCGGAUCUGGUGGCAAUUGUGGAAAUCUUCCAGCCCUUGGCUGCCGGCGUGGAUGUGUUUGAGGGAAGGCCCAAACUCAGUGCCUGGAAGGAUCGGGUGCGUCAGAAGAUCGGACCUGAGCUGUUCGACGAAGCUCACAAGGGUGUCAUGGGCGCCAUGGAGGUGGUCAAGACAUUAGACAGCAGCAAGCUUCAGGGGUUCAAGCCCAGGAUUCAAAAGAUGUUUUUCUGAAACCAGCAUAGAGUACAACAAAGGAAUAUUCAGAAUAAUUUCUAAUUAAAUGGAGCACCUAUUUUGUUAUGUUUGUGUUGGAUAUUAGUGUUGUGUCUUUCACUUAUUUUGGAUUAAUACAUGAUCAAACUAUUAUUUUUUUCACUUUAAUUUUUUUACUUAAUGGAUGAGGAGAAAAAUGUUUCAUUUUAGUUAUUCAUCACGACUAAUGACCUGCUUUUUGAUAAGAAUGUUCUUAAAUGUGCCUACUCACAAUAAACACUAUUAAACCA